AUGAUAAGUGCUCUUUUCACAGAAGUGAUUCGUAGUAAUUGGGCUUGUCGAACCGAAAUGUCAACCACAGAUAUGGAUCUAUGGUCUGAGAUCAAUGCUGUCGAAACACCGUCGAACAAUGAUCCUUUGCUGUCUUAUGGACAAUUCCACCAUAAUGUUAACAGUAAUCAUUUGCAACAGUUGCCCCUCGAUACAAAUACGUGUAAAAAUAUCGGCUCAAUAGUGUCCUCAUUGCAAGAAGGUGAUCAAAUGUUCGGUGCAUCGCAAAAUCCUCGUCAUCACUAUCAUCAGUACACUACAAACGAAUAUCUGAGCUAUCGCGAUGAGCAAUUGAUAUUACCAUCAAUAAACGGUAUCGAUCACGCAAAUGUAAUCAAUCCCGUGCAUAACCUAUCGUUCCCCACUGCAGCUCCACCACUUUCUAAUCCCUCUUCUACACAACAGAAUGCCCAAGCAAAUUUCCAGAAGAUGGUUCCAUUGAAUGGUGAACGUGUUCCAACUGUGGAUAUGAACAAUGUACACAAACCGUACAUAACAAUGAAGCAAGAACUAUGGCACAACGAAACUGAGUUGACUUCGAACGGCCAAACGCAUAACACCAAGCAAGAACUGCUCGAUCUUCUGGCUAGUAUGACACCAGCUGAGUCGAAUUCUCAGGUGGAACGUCUGCGUGCCGCACGGCACAAUUCAGCGGUGCCUUCGUCUGCAUCAUCACCACCAUACGUCAAUCGUAAGGGGCAUCCAAUGACGGUUGGUGUUGCUACAAAGAUGCCAUUAACGUGUGCAGUUUCGAAUCAGAUCACAAAUAAUAAUGUCGAUUUGUGUUCGCCAGCCACAACGCAGUCGUCUGAAAACAGUAGUUCAAUGCUAUCACCACGAACCAGCUCAUCAACUGCUUCUGCCGAUAUGACAAUGGAUACGAACGAUUCGGAUACGGAUGGCGAUUCUGGAACAGCAACCAUACCACGGCCAAAAACCGAAAGACGUACCGCACACAAUUUGAUCGAAAAGAAGUACCGCUGCUCCAUAAACGAUCGUAUACAGUGCUUGAAAACAAUGCUUACUAGUGAGAACACUAAGCUCAGUAAAGCAGCUACACUUCGGAAAGCAAUCGAACACAUAUCAACAUUACGUCAAGAAAACGAACAUCUACAUCAUGAGGUUGAACGGUUGCGUAUGCUUUUGAGUGUAAACCGUAUCGAAGAUGUAGGUGCUCCGGUUUCUAUCAUUCCACCACAGAAUUCAAAUUCGAUGAGCAGCCCACUAUCAAGUCCGGAUCCAUCACCACGUGACUACGUUCCUCGUUCGUCGUCGAAAGCGAAGCGAUCACGUACAAUGGUGGAUAAAUCUCGUGUCGCAAUGCUCGCGUUCAUGUUUGCGUUGGUCAUCUGGAACCCAGUAUCACUCUUCAUUGAUUCCUCAUAUCCAACUGCUGCUAGUGACGCCAUUCUUCGUCCAGUGAUGCCUGGACGGUCAUUGCAACAAGUUGUUGACACUGUACCCUUUGAUACUGCUGAAGCUGAUACGAUAUGGUGGCGUGACUCAAUAGUACGUCCUUGUUUCGUAUGGUCGGUGAACAUCUUCAUUGUAUUCUGUUUCCUGACCCGUGUUUUGGUCUACGGUGAACCUGUUGCGGAUUCGAAAUCAUCAUCGUGGACUCUGUUCUUGACUACCAAAUCAACCGCUGAUCGAUUCAUAAAACUCGGUAAUUAUAAUGAAGCGAGCAGACAACUGAAAGAAUGUUUGAGGGUACUUGAAAGACCGCUGCCAACGACGGGAUUCGACGAAUUGGUAUCAGUGGUAUGGCAGGUGAUCAGGCAUUUGCUGAACAGUGUCUAUCUGGGUCGAUGGUUCGCACGUAGAAAGAGAUCACCAGCUAAACCGGUCACUGUAGUGUGUAGAUCGCACGCUUAUACGGCACUCAUUUACCACCAACUUCAUCAGUUGCAUCUGAUCGGUGUUGAAAGUAUUGGCGAUGGUCUGACCGGAUUGAAUUUGGCUCUAUCGGCCGUAAAUCUUGCCGAAUCUGCGGGCUGUUCAGCUGACGGUCUGUCGCACGCACAUCGCGCUGAUAUCUAUUUGAAUACGGCUGUGAGAGUUCGGAUCACUUUACCUCGUUUCAUAGGCAUACCGCUCUACUUGUACUUUAUGCGUCGUGCACGAAGUCAUGCACGCCGUGCUGAUGCAGCUACAAUUGAGGGUAUUUCUUGGGUAUUCCAUCCGUUGUCACGCAAAUUCCUUUCAUCGCGAAAUCUUAUCGACUAUAUUCGCGACAACCAUCAGAAUCAUUUCCCAUUCAUCAAAAAUCAUCCUUCAAUACGACCUUUUGAGCGUUUAACGUCAGCCUUCAAAAUGCAGCUUCUCACAACUCUUCUCAAUCAACUAUCAGCACCAUCAGUCCCCUCAACGAACAUGCAGUUUGUUGAUGUUUCACACCUGCUACUUACCAUCUGCACGGCCGUCCCACAGAAGGUGCCAAAAGGAUCCAUUUAUUUGGAUGAAUUCACACUGAAUGCAAACGGCGAUGAGUUAUGUACGUGGUGGACGCAUUUAUUCACUUGCGCUUUGUACUGGAAACAUUUGGAUAACGGAAAUGCUCAAAAACAUUACGCACUCGUUCGAAACUGUCCAUCUCAACUGCUGAAAAGUAACCUAUCGUUGGCAAUCGGUCAUGCAUUCUGUAGUCGAAAGCUGUGCAUGGAUGAUCGUGGUAAUAGACACUUCCAGGAGGUCGUCUGGGCGAAUGCGCUACGAUCAUAUUGCUCUCUGCAAAGAAUUUCUGAGUGUGACGCUAAAACCUUGUCAACAAUUUCACCAGCUGCUACCAUUGUGCAUGAUAUGGUAGUGAGUGUUUCACUGGAAUGGUUGUUAUUGAGUAUCUUGGAUGUGUGGUACUCACAAAUGAGUAUCAUAAAACCGUAUUGGGAACAGACACCAACUCAGCAGCUUAAGCAACUCUACGAGAAUGCAUUUGUUCAGUUCAGAGCAAUUGCGCGUAAAACCAACGGUUGUUCGCAGUUCAAGGUUACCUUUGAUCGUUCAACUUCUGCAAAAGCGAUCAAAAUGAUCUUUGAAACUGUGAAGCAUAUGAAUUUUCAGGUAGCUGUUUUUGAGUUAGCAUCGCGAAUGUUGAAUGCGGCAAAUCCGAUAAGCACGUGGCGUACUUUUGUACGUUUCAAGCGUAAUCAGCGCAUCGAAAGCUUCAUAACGAACCCUCUGAGCAUGAUCUGCUGUCCGCAACUGUCGACAAUCAGCAGCAAAUAUCAAUCAAAUGUUUUCAAUGUCGACAUUUUGCGUAAACUUCACUCUGAUAUCAAUACGUUCACAAUGACUUCACCAUAA